AUGUUUGUGUUAUCACUUGUUACAGUGCUUUUUAUUUUGGUUGAAGAUGUAAAAGCCGCUUCAAACUGGUGCGAAAUAGACGGCGUUAUUCGUUAUAUUUCUUAUGAAAGUGAAUGUCUCAGAUCAAAUUGGUACACUGAAUCGAAUGUAACAACAAUGUGGAUUAAAAUGAAAACUGGGUGUUGUUUAAAUGAAAUGAUAACAUUUGAUGAAACCUUUGGUAAUGGCACAACACUGACCAAAUCGUUUUAUUUUCUUGAUAACAAUUACAUAAAUAUCAAAACACUGUUUAUCAGAGAGUCUUCUCAAGAUGUCCAAAUUCUUGUUUACGAAAGAGCACGACCAGAAGGUCUCUUUGUUUCCUUUGGGUGUUAUAAUGGAAACAAGAAUUGUCGGACAAGUGUUAACAGUUCGACUCCAUCAAAAAUAGAUUACAACCAAAAGGGCAUUUCUCUCUAUUCUGAUAUCGAUCAAAAAUUCUGGAUAUGGUAUUAUCUUCCAAAUGCAAGACAACCAGUACAACUAUUUAUAAAUGGAGUAGUCAAACAAAGUGUUGUAUACCAAUACAUGGUCAAGAUUUCACUUGGAGAACCAUACAGCAAAAAACGGUUUUUAUUCACUGGCAAUUCCGAUGAAAAUAUGAUCAGGUUUGAAGAAGGGUUGACAACAGGCACUUUUAUUCCCAAAGCUGUGUGUGACCGUUUUGGGUAUAAAAGGUUCUUACUCUUCAAAGAAGGUGAAAACUAUGAAAAUGUUACAACCAGGGAUUGUACUUGUCAAAGAGAAGGCGUGAAGCUUCUUAAAAAUUAUUAUUAUAAUUACCCCGACUGCGUGUAUAAUAGUUCGUUGUUUGAUUUGGCUUUAACUAAUCUUACAACAUAUAAUUGGAAAAGUAUCACCAUAUCAAUUGAAAUCACUGAUUGGUAUUCGGUAAUAUUUGCACCCGAUAAAUUCUGGACUUUUAUUAGAGAAUAUGAAGAUGUUAAAUAUCUCAAUUUCACUGUUUUUGAUAUGAAAGAACAAGUUAAUGUCGAAUUCCAAAUGAGUGUGUACAUCAACAAAUUGAUUAUUAGUUCAAUUGGAAAUUACUAUUUUAUAGAAGACGUAGUGAUAAAUACUGUUGAAUACAAAGAAAGUCUAAGGAAUAAAGUCUUGUUUUCUGUUGAUGGAAAACUAGUUAGUAAUGAUGGAAACUUAAAUCGUUGUGGAAGAAGAGCCUUUUAUAGCAAAAGUGAUGACGUGGUAUGUUUUUGCAAUUACACAAACAACAAUUGGGAACCAAAUACACUCGAUUUAAUAAAUCAAAAUGACUGUUUUAAUGACACAAAGAGGGCGGAAUUAACACUGCAAAUAGAUUCAAAUGAAUAUGAAACAACUUCAAUUGAAAAUUGGGGGAAAAUAAUAUUUAAAGGGAUUAAGGUGAAAGUGACUGGAAGUUCGACACUUUGUGGACAAAAUGUUACAGUUCAAAAUACAGUUGCAAUACACAAUAAAUUAGAAAUUCAAAAUACACUCUUUCUAUCAGAAAAGUCGAAUUUGGUUGUAUCAAAUAAAGGAAAAUGGCCUACACACAAAAAAUAG